AAAUAUUGCAGCAGUUAGUAAGAUCGUCUGAAUAACACCAUUAGGAUCUCUAAUAGGUGGAUAAUAAACAAGGCAUAUUUAUAGAGAUGCAGGGGGGCUUUGUUGGAGGUAUAUGCUUCCUUGCCUGUCUGUUAUCUUUGGGUGUCAAAAGUCAAAAUGUACUAAGUUCUCAAGAUCAAUUUGAUGCUACAAAUGGAGCUGAACAAGCCAGUCAAUGGGAUGCCCAAGGGGAAUUAGAUGCAAGGAGCUCAGCUUAUGCUAGUCCAAGUGUCUCUCCAGCAAGUGCUCUAGCUUCAGCAAAGGCAGGGGAUUACGGCACCAAAGAAUCUCCAUAUAAUUACCCUUAUGUAGAUCCUAACUCUGCAUUGGCGAAGGCUCUUGCAGGGGGAGUAAUCCCGUAUGGUACUGAAAAUUUUAAGUCUGCUGACCCUCAAGCUGAGAAUAUAGAAAACGAUGAAUUGGUUAGCCAUAGUUUUGAUUAUAUGAAAGCGGGGCCUGAAUCCCUUUCUCAGACUGCAGCGAAUAACGAACAGUUAGGCCUUUUGUCUUCGGGAACUCAAUCAAAUACUCAACUUUUAUCUAAAGAGGACAAUAUACCUAGAUCAGCCCAAGAGGAAGAUGAAGGUCUAACAAGCAAAUGGGGUGGCUAUGAUGCAGGUCUUUUUACAGGAGCCGUUUCAAGAGUCAUUACGCAGGAUAAUUUUAUCAUACCAAACACAAUACCAGGUGGAGAAAAUAUCAUUGCUUGCACAGAAGAAAAUCAAAUUCACACGCUUUGGACGCCAGUUUUACAGUGUUUAGUUUGUGUGUGUGUUAGAGAAGGAUGGUAUUUGAAAGCAGUGUGUGUCAGUUGUAACAAGUGUGACGAACCAUUGCCACCAAUGCCAGUUCCGCCACCGCAGCCAUUUAUACCAACACCUCCACCACGACCUGAUUCUCAAGCGUCCUGCGCUCCAUUACCUGAGAACGUCCCAUUCCAAAAUCCGUUGAAUCCAUGCCAAAUAUGCAUAUGCAAGAGAAGUUUCAACGUAUUUGGUCAGCCCGAUGUUCUGAUACAGUGCGAAGAAAACCCUCAAUGCAUACCUCCUCAACCUGAUGUUAUACCGAUACCCCCUCCACCUGUGCCGCCGCAACCCUUACCAUUGUCUCCCUGCGAAAGAUACCCACUGGACACGUUGUUCCCGCAUCCUUUAGAGGCAUGUGUGAUUUGCAAGUGCGUCUUGGAAGCAAAGCCCUUCUCCCCACCAGAGAAGGACUUAGUCUGCAUGCCAGACCCUCAAUGCAACAUGCCAGACAUAAUACCGCUACCACCAUUACCUAACCCUUCACCAGCACCGAUGCCACAACCGCAGCCAUUUAUACCACCGGAUAUUGAACCAAUUCCAUGGCCACCAAUAGUUCCAAAUAAACCGAAGCCACCGAGCCCUCUCCCUGGACCUCCGCCACAUGAAUCCUGCAGACCUUAUCCACCAGAUCAACCCUUCCAGCAUCCAUGGGACGAAUGUCAAAUAUGUGUAUGCAGCGAGAUAUACGGACCUAAUGUCAUCAAUAUUGAAGUGAACUGCUACACAAAACCAUCUUGCUGUAUCGAACCUCCUAUUACAGAUCCAAACGCCUUGCCAUUCAAUUCUGGUUCGCAAGUAAUGACUUUAGAUCCAAUGUGCGAAUACCAAAGCCUAUCCGUAGACUUCACACAUCCAAAAGAUGUGUGUAAGAUUUGCCAUUGUGAGAUGUUUACUAAUAUGAUUGUCCCUAUAUGCAGACCGACAAAAGACCCAGGAUGUAACGUCGGGCCUGGUAUACCAAACGCACAUAGAGAUAUUAUUUACCUUGAGCCAAGAUGCCGCUAUCGCGCUCCUCAUGAAACUUUCGUCAUAGACUGUCAAGUAUGUUCUUGUCAGGCAGUCUUCCAAUAUGUCAUCUCCAGAUGCAAUCCAAUACCAAACUGUGGUGCUCCAUAUUAUCCGUCGAUUGGAUCAGAAGGUAACGCUGAUGCUUUUGCCCAGUCUAUUGCGUUAUCAAAUUCAAUGGGAUCACAAGCCUAUUCUGAUGCAUUAGCAUCAUCCCUUUCUCAAACAGGACCAGCCAAUCCUCCUCAAUUAAUCAAUCCCUCCCUGUCCUCCCUACCUUAUCCUCCAGAUAGUCUAUCUACUGCGCAAGCCCAGGCCGCAGCAAUGGCAAAUACCCAAUCUGGUGGAUUAUACGGUAACUACCAUAUGUAUCCGGGUAGUAGCAGUCAAUCUAUUGCACAAGCUCAAGCCGAAGCAUCAGCAAAUACGCAAUCCGAUUGGGUAUCACCUUUUGGUCAACUAACUGUUCUUCCCGGCACCAGCGGUGAAUCUAACGCACAAGCUCAAGCCGAAGCGAUAGCAAAUGCACAAAAUAGUGGACUUAACGGGCUGUAUGAUAAUUUUCCUUACAACUUCGGAAGCAAUAGUCAAUCUAAUGCGCAGGCUCAGGCAUUAGCAAAUGCACAAGCUAGUGGACUGUCUCCUUAUGGUAUAAGUCCUUAUAGUUUUGGAGGUAAUAAUCAAGCUACAGCAGAAGCUCAAGCCGCAGCAAAUGCGAUUCAACUUUUAGGCUUAUCUCCAGCCAGUAAUAUAUUCCCUUACACAGCUUCGGGUCCAAGUCAAUCAAGUGCUCAAGCUCAAGCUGAAGCAAUAGCUAAUUCCCAAGGUAGCCAAUCUUUUACGCAAGCACAAGCUGAAGCUCUCGCCAAUGCACAAACGAAUAACUAUGGGCAAUAUCCAUCCCUUCCCUAUUUACCUAGUAGCAACCAAGCUAAUGCAGAAGCAAAUGCAUUCGCAGCAUCUCAGUUGAACCCUAGUUUAUAUGGCUUCCCGGGUAGUGGCGCAAAUAAUUUAUAUCAACCUGCACUUCAAGGAUGGGACAGCUCAUCACAAGCCCUAGCUAAUGCCCAAAGUGUAGCACAAGCUCAAAACAGUGCAACUGCACAGAGUCUUGCACAAGAAUCUAUUCUCUCAGGGAGACCAUUAAUAAAAUCAGGACCAGGCCUUUGCCAGUACGACGGCGACAAAUAUCACCACAACUGUCAAGCUUGCUACUGUUUCAGUGACAACACUGGGGGCCUUUACACUUUAUGUUUGGGCAACUCUUGCGUGUAACUUGGAUCAAAGGUUUAGCAAAUAACGAAGAAGAUGAUACGAUUGCAGCAGAAAAAUAAAAAGUUCAAUCAAAUUAGAAAAUACGACCUGACAAAUAUGACAAGCAAAUUUAUACAGAUAAAUUGGAUAACGACUAAACAGCAGAUAAGCAUCUAAUAAAUAUGAUUUCACAAUAUAA